CUCUCUUAUUCUCUAGCUCCCCCCUCUGAAUCCAACGCCCCAUUCGAGGACGCUAUAAAACCCUUGAUUCCUCCACCAAAGAGCCAGUAGACGUCGAACGUCAGUUGUUGGCUUUGGAGGAUCGCUCUCUCUCUCUCUCUCGAAACACACCAGCUCCCUCUCUAAGAUUUCCCCAAUUCUCGUUGGUUGUUUGCCUAUUUGCUAUUCAGCGUGAGAGUCGUAACGUCCAAGGAUCCACAAGUCGAUUUGCAGCCAGUGACACUCGGUGAUUCCAACGCAGCGCACGAAGAGAAAUCAACGUUCCAUUUCAACUUUUUCCCAUUUCAAGUCAGAGCAAACGCAUCCCCAUCGCAAACAAAAUGGACACCAAAGAAUUCCGUCAACGCGGCAGAGAGAUGAUCGACUACAUUGCCGAGUACAUGGAAUCGGUAGGCGAGCGACGCGUCACUCCCGACGUCGAGCCAGGAUACCUGCGUGACCUAAUCCCGUCGAAAGCUCCUUACGAAGGCGAAGGCUGGCCGGAGAUCAUGGCGGAUGUGGAAACCAAAAUUAUGCCCGGUGUGACCCACUGGCAGCACCCGCGGUUUCACGCUUAUUUCCCAUCGGGCAACUCAUUCCCGUCCAUUCUAGGCGACAUGCUUUCUGACGGUAUCGGAGCCAUUGGUUUCUCCUGGGCUGCUAGUCCAGCUUGCACCGAACUGGAGACGAUCGUCUUGGAUUGGCUCGGUCAAAUGAUUGGUCUCCCUUCUGACUUUUUAUCCUUCCCCGAGAACAGCAUAGGCGGUGGUGUCAUGCAGGCAUCAGCCAGCGAGUGCGUGUUGGUCUGCUUAUUGGCUGCCCGUGCUCAGAAGAUCAAGGAACUCAAAGCUCUCCAUCCGUUUGUUGAGGAUGGUGUUCUACUCUCCAAGUUGGUCGCCUACUGUUCCAAGGAGGCUCAUUCAUGCGUCGAAAAAGCAGCCAUGAUUGCUUUCACAAAGCUUCGUAUCCUCGACCCUGAUGCAGAUUUGUCCCUUCGCGGAGCCACUCUUGCACAGGCCAUUGAAGAAGACAAAGCGAUGGGCUUGGUACCUUUCUUCGUAUCAGCCACUUUGGGAACCACAUCGUGCGUUUCGUUUGAUAAUUUGGCCGAAAUCGGGCCAAUUGCAGAGGAAGCUGGAACAUGGCUCCAUGUCGACGGAGCAUACGCUGGCAAUGCCAUGAUCUGCCCAGAAUUCAAAUAUCUGAUGAAGGGCAUCGAACACGCCAUGUCGUUCAAUUGCAACCCGAACAAAUGGUUGCUCACGAACUUUGACUGUUCCACCAUGUGGGUUCGCGAUCGCUUCAAGCUGACUCAAGCCCUGGUCGUCGAUCCAUUGUAUUUGCAGCACAGCCACUCUGGCAAAUCCAUCGACUACAGACAUUGGGGAAUUCCUUUGAGCCGUCGUUUCCGUGCCCUCAAACUAUGGUUUGUUAUCCGCAACUACGGUGUGGCUGGUCUUCAGAACUACAUUCGUGAGCAUUGCCGCCUGGCCAAGUGUUUCGAAGCCCUUGUCAGAGAGGAUGAUCGUUUCGAAGUCUGCAACAUUGUCCGGAUGGGAUUAGUGUGCUUCCGUCUCAAGGGCAACGACAACAAUGAUCUUAAUAAGAAGCUUUUGUCCAACAUCAACGAGUCCGGCAAGCUGCACAUGGUACCGGCUGCCGUUCACGGCAAGUUUGUUAUCCGCUUCUGUGUUUGCGCCCAGGACGCCAAGGAUUCCGACAUUGAAUACGCGUGGGACGUCAUCACUGAAUAUGCUACCGAGUUGUUGGAAGCCGAGAUCGUCAAAGAGAAAUCAGGACUGCCAUUGGAUGUUCUGGAGCACAGCAACGAGGAGGUUGGUCAGGUCGCGCACAAGGUGGAGAUUUCGGAGCUGAUGGAUCUAAUGGAACGCGUUCACAUGCCUAUUCAAAAGCAAAACAGUAUUGCCAGUAUUGGAAGGCAAGGCAGUCUGGCUAGUGUUGGAAGGCAACAAAGCCUUGCCAUUAUCGGAAGGCAACAGAGUCUUGCAAGCAUUGGAAGGCAACAGAGCCUCGCCUAUAUCGGGGAGGUUGGCAACAACCUUUCGGAAGGUGGAGAGCAAGAGACGGCCAACAAGCCCAGGCAAAGACCAAGCCUUGCCAAGAGGCUCAGCAAGCGUCAGUUCAGUUUUACGGACACUAUAGAAUUUGUAGGGAUGGUCAACACCGCCCAAGAUGAGAGCAUGAAUCCUUGAAGAGAUUUAAAAAUACGAAUUCCUUUAGCAAUAUCUCAACCAUAUGCAGUUUAUACAGACAUUUUUAACAUUUAAGUUUUCGUGGGAAGUGGCAGGAGCAAAAAGAAACAUCUGGGUAAAUUAAACAGUGCAAGAAACUAACGAAAGAAACAAACUAAUAUUUAUCUCGACUGUGGAAUGGAUGCUGAAUUCAGUAAACAGUCGGUUUUAUUGAUUGGACUGACUAGGUGGUACGAAAACAGAUAUUUUAUGUAAGCCUAACUUCGCAAAAAAGGCAAUUUUGCAGUAUAUUUACUUUUAUACUGUAUAGAUAUAUUGCGUAGUUAAAUAUUUUAAACAAGGGGUGGGGGAUCGGGUUGCAUCAAGUAUUGUGAUUUUCCUUUCAUUUUAUUUCUUUUUCCUCUUUCAUUUAUCCCCCACCAAAACAUAUUAUUUCUCCAGUUUUCUUUCGAUUCGGCUUAUGUUUCCUUUGUUUUGUGUGUACAUUCAACCGUUUUGAUCAUUUCUUUUUUUCUCUUUUUUACUUCUUUCUUCGAGUUUUGAUUUUCUUUUUGUUUUGAUAUUAAUCUUGGUUUUAUUCCUUGCAACUUAAAUGAACAUUUUCCGAAAAAAAUUUCGUUUUUUAUUUUUAAUUUAUCCUCCUUCUCUCAGUUGUAGUUCAUUUGGAUGGAUGGAUUAAUUGAAGGAUAAACCUGGCUAAUACUAGCUAAUCAGCUGA